UGGCCCUGGCUAGGCAGUACGCACCCGGGGCCACGGGAUUCGCAGCGGGUCUCGGGCUGCCCCUGGCACAGGUGGGGGCCCUGCGGGCGGAUGGACCCCCGCUGUGAGGCCGCGGCGUCGGGGUACGGCGACGACUACGACUACGAGGACGACGAGGAAGACCGGGAGGGCGGCCCCGCAAGCUCGAAGGGGUCCAGACUGCCGCCCAUCGCCGGCAGCAGCUUGGAGCCCACCAAACGGAAGGUGAAAAAAAAGAAGACAAAGACCAAGGGGUCGGGCAAGAGGGACGCAGAUAAACAUCAGAGUCUCGGCCUAAAGACUCAGCAGCUGUCUUCAUGUGUUCAUGGCGUCUUGAGUCCCAGCAAAGAUCACAGCCCGAGGCAAGAGCGCAGACAGGGCAAAGAGGAAAACAAGCUCACCCCUUUUUUCUCCUCCAGUGUAAGUUUUCCCCACUUUGCUGAAAUAGAAGAGCACCUUUCGAACCAGGUCAAUGAGAGUCUGCGUUGGGAUGGAAUUCUCGACGACCCAGAGGCAGAAAAAGAAAGGAUUCGCCAAUAUAAACUGAACCGGAGGAAGCGGUACCGGAUUUUGGCCCUCAAGGGCUUCCACUCUGACCCCUGUGCCAAGGAGACCCCUGAGAACCUCACCUAUGUCUCAGAGAAAGACUGCGGCACCAAUAGCAGGCAGCCGUCAGGCAAGGCUGACCGCCCCCAUCACGGCUGUGAAGGAAACCUCCCCCCAAAGUUCCUGCACUGUGAUUUGGCUGCUACUCUGCCGGAGUGAAAAUCCACCCAUGAUACUGACAAGCUUAUAAUGAAUGUAUCCUUAUCUCAAGUGUAUGUGUUAAAAAAGAAGAAGAAUAAAAGGAAAUCAGACCUACAUCUGAAGGAAGCAGACGUCUGGUGUGUUGAUGAGGUCAACCUGUCCCUUCCCCAAGAUGCCCUCCAUUGCCCAGGAUAGCCAUGCUUCCUGAACAUAAGCAAUUUAAUGAACUGAACUGAAGCAGUUCUUAUCAGGAUUUCCUUUUUCUCAAAUAAGCUGGCAUCUCUCUAUUAUUUAAUUUCUCAUCAGAGUUAGAUGUCUAACCCCCUGCCCCCUAAAAAAGAGAAAGUGUGUAGGUUAUGUCAAUUCUAAAUCUUAAACUAAUUUCAUGGGUAAAACUCCACACACAGCCUGUUUCUGUGGGCUCAAGGAAAAUGCCCCAAAUAUCCUGGAGACUUUUUCCUUUAAUUAAAUACACUCCCUGCCCUUAGGUGGUCUUCAAAAUAACUGAGUUCCAGAACUUCAUCCCGGGGAGGUGAUUAUGAGAAGACCCAAAAGGAAUAUUGCUUCUCUUAUAAAUAUGAUCCUCUCCUCAUCCCCCAAACGGUACUUGACGCAAAGUUCUGGAGCGUUAAAAAGGCCCUACUGUACUACUUCUCCUAAAUGAAUAUUCUUCCUUUCCACAAAUAUUUACUGAGUGAGGGCCGUGUGCUACCUUACUUUGUGUUCUCCCCGAAGCAGACCCUGAGACAAGGAGUCAAGUGCACGUACAUUAUUUGGGGGAAAGAGCAGUAGAGAGGAUACAGGGAAGGGAAGACAGCCUGUCCAGGCACACUCUUCAACCAGUUUCUGUCCUGGGCAACUGAGGCUUAAUCCCACAAGGAAACACUGUCAGGCCGACCCCGCCUGUGUGCCAUGGCUAGGGCUGCGCCCAGGGGUGUUGAUAUCCUGGUGUUUCUGGACUGCCACACCUGUGGGCCUAGAUACCUACCUCAGUUGUGGGGGCAAAGAUGCAGCCUGAAAGGUCCCAAGGACCAUGGUGGUCUCGGGUAGCACUGGCCACCUGUGUGCAACACUGCACAGGGCUCGAGAGGCACAGAAUGGAGAUGUAAGAUGAGGUCCCUGCCUUCCAAGGAGUUAAAAACAUGCAGUGUCCUCAGGAGAAGUUGAACGUCAACACAAAACAUCAUAGAAAGCUUAUGUGAAACUUAAAGCGGUCGUCUUGGUCCCUGCUCUCCCGCCGCUGACAGAGCAGCCCUCUUCUCACCCUUCCUAAAAAGGGCAGUUACAGAGGUUUCGCAUUUUGGCCACCCCACCCUGGCAAAGUACAGCAAAGGGGCUUUUGGAAGAGUCCUGCCCUCCCCUGGAAAGGAGGUUAGCAGGCAUGCCCGCCAGGGGCCCUGAUGCCGACGGGAAUGGCCCUCCCUGCGCCGAGGCCUGUCACCCACUGUCUAGGCUGAGCAGCACCCAUGGAAUCAAGUGAAGGGGCACGGGACUUUUGUGUCGCUCCAUGGGAGGAGGACAGGAAAUGUGCCAUGGGACCUUGCCCAUGCCCCAGGUUUCACGGUAAAGGUGGCAGAGGGUGAAGCAGCU